AAGAAGGCUCUCAUUUACUCUCAUCCUUUCAGAAGCAGAAGGCAGUAUGGCGCCUGGAUCUAGCACCAUGAGUGAAGAUGCUCAAGGCCACUUUGAUCUCAAGAGCAUGAUCUUCUCGCUGGUGACUCCUUUCAUGCUCAAGGCUGUGGUGCUGCUUGGCAUUCCCGAGAUGAUCUCCAAGGCAGGGCCGCUCUCCCUCAAGCAGAUCGUGUCACGUCUCUCAAAUCCCAAGAACUGUCAGCCGGAUCUCCUCGAGAGAAUCCUCCAGUUUCUGGUCCACAAGCGGGCACUGAGCGAGAAGAUCGAGAAAGAUGGAGAAACGUACUACGGCCUCACUCCAAUCUCAAAGUGGCUCGCGGAAGAGCACCAUCUCCUGCUCUUGUGCACGCACGAGUAUCCCAUGGCCGCGUUCCAAAAAGUGAACGAAGCGGUGCUGGAUGGAGGCCACGCUUACGAGAUGGUCAACAAAGUUCGUCUUUGGGAGCACGACCCCGGCCACGGCGACGAGUACGUGGAGCUGCUCAACAAGGCUACGCUCGCAUGGAGCACCGUCACUAUCUCCCUCGUCCUCGAGCACUACGAUGGAUUCAAAGACGUGAAGAAGCUCGUGGAUGUUGGCGGUGGCCUUGGAAUGUGCAUGGGCAAGAUCGUGGAGAAAUAUCCCCACAUCGAAGGUGUCAACUUUGAUCUCCCUCACACCGUUUCGAGCGCUCCAGCCUUUCCCGGUGUUGCUCAUGUGGGAGGCAACAUGUUUGAGAGUGUACCAAGUGCUGAUGCUCUUCUUAUCAAGUCUGUAAUCAUCAAUUUUAGCGACGAGGAUUGCCUCAGGAUGCUGGCGAAUUGCUACAAAGCUCUGCCACGAGGAGGCAAACUGAUAGUGAUCGAGCUCAUAUACUCCAAGGAGAGACCAUUCGAGAUGGAUCUGGACAUGAUUAUGAUCGGCUUCACAGACGGUGGCAAGACCAGGCGAUUUGAAGAACACAAAGCGCUGCUCGAGAACAGUGGCUUUGGCAACGUUUCCCUCGUGUCCGUUCCUUCCAAGGAGCAAGUUAUAGAAGCUUACAAGCUCUAAACAAAGUGAAUAAGAUGUUUGUGCUAGUUGUAUUUUAGAGUUUAUUGUCACCGUUGACAAUAUAGACUCGAGCAUCAUCGAUAAAAAUAAAAGAGUUCCAGGCUUGGAUCAUAUUCUUCCUGGAGAUUUUACCGCU